UAAAUAAAAUUAGUUCUUGGUUAAUUUCAAGAAAACCUUUGCUUAAAGCAGAUGAUAUCAGGAAGCUUGUAGACCAUCACUGCAAGAAGUUCUAUAAUCUAACCAAUAAAGGCCUGGAGAAGAGCUUUAACCUUCCUACUGGGUUUAACAAUACAAAUAAAAAUGUUAAAGUUGAGAAUCAGCAGAAGAGGAAUAAAACUCCAUUAAGAGAUAUUAGUAAUUUGAAGAAGUCAGAUUCUUUCUUGACCAGUAAUAUCUGUUAUGGGAAUACUCCUGAGAAGAUUAAUGUCCCUAAUUUUCCUCAGGUAAAGGAUGGGUUGGCCAGAAGAAAAACUAGAGAAUAUAAUACUCCUACAGCAGUUUCAUCAAUGAAGACAAAAAGAAUUUCUAAGAAUAGAUUGAGAAAUCAAGUUAACAAAGCACAAUAUAUGAACGAAAAUAAAAAAAAUGAGCCUCUGCAAGUGAGACCACAGACCUCAAAGGAGGUGUCUCAUAAGCUAAGACAUCAUUUCUUUGAUAUGCCAAAAUGACCAUGCAGGGCUUUUACUUCUUAAAAUUACUUUCCCCAAGAGGAUUGUAACUGGAUCAACGGCAAAAGGAAUUGUUGGGCAUAUAUUCAAUU